AAGGACCAGCGAGAUCUUUUGUCACAAGGCUUUGAAAGACGGAUCAUGUUGUGCCUGAGUCCUGAGUUUGACUUCGUCCACUAGGAUCACUAGAUAUGAAGCUGAGAUGAAAGGAGUCCGCGUGAAAGAGGCGGUCCGGCGGGGCAGAGUGACCCAAGGUGUCAUUUGCCCGCAUCGAUCAUUCAGUCAAUGGUUUAUGGGGUUUCCUUCUUCCACCUUUCUUUCUCUUCCUCUACAUCUCAACCAUAACUUUCCCUCCUUUCUUUCGCCGUCUUGCUUUUUAUCUCAGUCGAGGACUGUUACUUUGACUUCAGAACCCUUCGCAUUCCUAAUUUCCGGCCACCACCCUCUCAACCAGCUCGGUGAGAAAGAUCGCGGUCGCGGAAGUCGGCGAAACAACGGAAACUCGCCUCGCCGCCGCCCCCGAGGUGAAACCUCGCAACGCUGCCAGGCCUCGCGCGGACUUUUGCUUAUCUCUUUUCCCUUGCGACUCGAAAACACUACGCUAUAUACUCAUCAGCUGCCCCGCAUUGGCCAUAUCAGAGGUCUUCUUCUACGUUCAUAAUCGAUCCGUGAGACUAUUGAGCAAGACUUCUCCAGGCCGCUCGUGAAAUUGCUCGAUAUCGAUACGGUACGGGGGUUUGUUCUCGAAAACUCGACUAUUGACUCAACAUUACCGAACAUUGGACCUAAUAUUCCGGCCCUUCGUCAUCUUCUAUUGAGAUCCAGUCGUCAUCGAUUUCUCACAAGGAUAUCGACCCUCCAUCCAACAUGUCGCGGAAUCUUAUAGAUCAGGACUUCGGCUCCGAAGAGGAGGAUGACGAUUUCAACCCCGCUCCUGCGGAUGACUCAGAUAACGAGGAUCAGAAGGUUUUGU